CCUGUGACCUCUGUGCCUCCAGCUGUGCCCAUUUCACUGCCCUGUGCUCACCUCUCCCUUUCCCUGUGCCUCAGGUCGGCUGUGAUGUGUCCAUCCCUGCACCCGGAGCGCUGCGCUCCCAAAGCCGCUGCUUCCAGCUAGAUCCAGGCCCGCCCCGCUGCCAUGGAAACGGGCAGCCCGGAGGAGCGGGACGGAGGGGACCAGCGGCGGGAGGAGGGCAGGGACGCCCCUCCCGACAGCGCCAAUGGCUCCGUGGUGGCAGCGGAGCCGCAGCAGCCGCCCCCCGGCAAGCUGAGGAAAACGGCCUUCAAGCUUUUUGGGGGCAAGAGGAGCAUCUGUACCCUGCCCAGCUUCUUCGGGGGCCGCGGCAAGAAGGGGCUCAGCAAGUGCAAGACCCACGAUGGGCUGAGCAGCGCUGCCUGUGACAAGGGCAGCGGGACACAGCUGGACAGCCCUUUGGAGGGUGGCAGGGAUGGGCACCYGGGCCCCCUGCCCAGCUCCCGUAGCGCUCAGCUGCCUGUGGACACCGGUGCCAGAGGGGAUUUGGGCCAGCAGGACAGCUCUCCCCCCGGGAGCAUCGAGGGCUGUGAGAAAAAGCCCAACGGGGAGAAAUCAUCUUUCCCCAGACCCAAAAAAGGGCUGAAAGGAUUCUUUAACAGCAUUCGGCGCCACCGGAAGAGCAAGGCUGCCGAGAGUGAGAAGGCAGAGCUCCCUGAGUGGAAUGGGGACGUGGARGAGGCUGGGAAUGCUCCUGGAGUGGGAGUGGAGGGCCAAGAGGCCACGGAGGGCAGAGGAGCAGGGCCGGUCCCUGAGGCCAUGGCCUGCCCAGGGAGCUCAGGGGGUGAGCCCAGCUGUGCUGAGGCCACUGAGCCCGCCUGCCCUGUGGCUGAUGGAGGCAKCUCCGAGGGGGACACGAUGGCUGUGCCAGGGAACAGGGAUGUUCCAGAUACAAAAUCAGGGGCUGAGGCUGCUGCUUGCGCUGAGUUUGACCGGGACAGUCUGCUGCUGGCCUUCCAUCCUGACUUCAUGGACAACGAGCCUCCCUGCCUGCACUCUGGGGACCUACUGAGCCUCAUCCUGGGCGAUGUCACCUCCCUGAAGAGCUUCGACUCCCUGACAGGGUGYGGGGAUGACAUUGCCGAGCCUGACAUCGCCGAGAGCAGCAUCUCGGUGGAGCGCAGCCGAGAUGCCACCAAACGCAGCUCCUGCCUCGUCACCUACCAGGGCGGCGGUGAGGAGAUGGCCAUCCCUGAGGAGGCUGAGGAGUACUUGCACCAGGUGUGGGACAGUGGCGUGCCAGGGGACAGGAGCUACAGGGCCCAGGUGUCCAGCAGCAGCUUGGAGACCCACGCCUCACACGAGGCCGACGCGCAUCCCUACAUCAGGGACACCAUGGAUGGUGUUGACCUCCUGACGCCCCAGAGUGACCAGCAGGAGUCUGCCCCGAACAGUGAUGAGGGCUAUUAUGACUCCACCACACCAGGGCCGGAGGAUGAGGCCGGAGAGGAGCUCAAGAAGGACCGACUGCCCCGGGACAGCUACAGCGGAGAUGCACUUUACGAAUUUGAUGCCCUGAUGAGCCCCUCUCAKGGGGAGGAAUCCCUGUUCGAGGGCAAAGUCCCACGCCAGGAGUUCUUCAGCUACUUCAUGGACUUCUGCAUYCCUGCAGAGAAGAGCCUGAUCCAGCAGAUGAUGGAUCAGAAGAGAGAGCUGAUGGAAACUGAAGAAGAGGGGCUUGCAGCCAUUCAGAAAGAGCUGCUCUACUGGGAGCUGCAGAGGGAACCGGUCCUGAAACGCCUGGAUGUCUCUGGCAAGGAGAAGUGUCCCAGGGAAAAGCAGUGCAUUGAAUGUAAAACGAGAGCAGCCAGUUCCAUUGGCAAGAGUCAGAGUGGCCUUGGGAGCGAGCAGGUGGCCUCACACACCCCAACCCGGGCUGUCAAUGGUGGGGUUUCAGUGGCUAGGGCUGAAAAUCCAGAGUGGAGGGAUUUUCCAGGGACUCUGUGUCCGGAAAACUGUUACAACGGCCAAAAAGCCCCAGGAAGUUGCCUUAUUCAGCUUACAAAGAACAACCCAGGGUUCGAUGCAGACCUGGAUUGUGGGAUGUUUGGGGACUCGAUCCAUGGCAGUGUGGCCCCUGCCAAGGCAGGGCUGUUCCCUGGCUACAGGCUCCCUGAGCCAGAGCGCGGUGGCGGAGCAGAGCCCACCCCCGGUGAGCCCCAGGUGGGCAGCGAGCCCGAGCAYGCCGUCAGCUUCUCGCAGGCGCUGGUGGAGUUUGCCAGCAGUGGGACCCUCUUCUCCAGCCUCUCCGAGAGCUUGGGGAGCUCGGCCUCCAGCUCAUCCUUCACACAGAACCUGCCCGCCCUCCCCACCAUGGUCACCUUCGACGUGGUGGACGUGGAGCAGGACGGGGAAGGAGAGUGUGAGCAGCAACCGGAGCUGAAUGCAGGCGAGGACAUUGCCGAGGCCUUUGACGACGGUUACGGACAGAAAGAGUCGUUGGCUGAAUGUGAUGAGAGAAUGUCCCCGGGGUUCUCCCUGGGCUCCUUCCAGAGCUGCAACUGGGGGGUGGCCAGCCUGCCCCGCCACCUGCGCCUGCACGGCCUCAGCCCCUCCAUGCCGGCACCGCUCUCUGUGGACCGGAGGAGCCGCUCGCUGGACACGGAGAGCCUGGAGUUCGAGCUGGCCGAGCCGCAGGGGCCCCGCAGYGGCCCCCAGCCCUGCCGGCUCUGGGCCAAGCGCGAGGCUGGCAGGAAGGACUCUGGCGGAGCCAGGAGGAGCAGGAGCAAGGAGGAGGGAGWGCUGAUGGCUCCCGAGGGUGGCUUGAGCUGGCCAGGCCUGCAGCACUUCCAGCACGGCACCGAUGCAGUUCCCGGCGGGAUGGAGCUCUGGGGCUUUGCUCCGGCCGGCGCCGUGGAGAGCAUCUGGGAGCCAUCAGAGCCGCCUGACACCGUGUCCCCUUUCCUGCCUCUGUCCCGGGGUGGCACCGGGGAGGCUCCGGAGCCAGAGCUGAGCAGGCACCCGCUGCGGCCCUCCAACCUCCCGCUGCAGCCUGAGGCCAGGUGGGCCCGGGAGGCAGCCGCGCCCUACAGGUACCAYGGGGAGGUGCCCAAGCCGGCCCGCUUGGUACCCCUGGGAGAGGCGGAGCUGCCCCCGAGCUUUGGCUUCGCCUGCUCCCCAGAGCACCGUGCCAAGGGCAAACCUGUGGGCAUUGCCCAGGGCAUGCCACAACAUCCCAGUGGGAGCAGCAGGGCCACUGAGAGCCCAGAGCGCUGCGCCGAGCCCCUCAAGGGCAGGGCCACCCCGGGGCAUGGCAGCGGCYGCAGUGCCACGCUCAGUCUCACUGAGGCUGAGUAGCUGUGGAAUGUCACCAUGUCACCAAGCCAGGGGGCUGGAGGAAUGUCACCAAGGCCAAGUAUCUACAGCAAUGUCACUGUGUCACCAAGGCCGAGUAUCUGCAGGAAUGUCACCCUGUCACCAAGGCCAAGUGGCUGCAGCAAUGUCACCGUGUCACCAAGCCAAGGGGCAGGACGAAUGUCACCAUGUCACUGAGCCAAGGGGCUGCAGGAAUGUCACUGUGUCACCGAGGCCGAUUAUCUGCAGGAAUGUCACCAUGUCACCGAUGCACUGCAGGAACAACACUGCACUGCAGGAAUGUCACCAUGUCACAAGCCAAGGGGUUGGAGGAAUGUCACUAUGUCGCCAAGCCAAGGGGCUGCUCUGGGCAGGGGUGGAAAGGGAAGGGUAAGAGGGAGAACACCAGGAGCAGUUGCAGGGGGCACUAUAAUUUGAGCUGGGCUGAUGCCCCMCUCCUGCAGCCCUCUGUGRCCUCACCCCUGCAGAUGCUGUGGCRGGGUUUGGAGCUGCCUCCAGGAUUCCUUCAUGGACACUGAGGCACUUCCUGGUUUUCCAGCCCUCUCCAGUGCCAAGUGCAGCAGCAGUUCCYGGUAGAAGCUGGGGAUGGACCCGUUGCUGGUGUGGCAGGUUGGGGUUUGUGCAGUGUUGGUGCUGAGGGAACAARCCUUGGGCAGACUUUGGAGGGACAUGGGGUUGUUCUCUUGGUGAAAUGUUUCGGUUCAGACUCACUUUGAAUGUCUUCCAUCUCGGGCUCAGUCCGGGGAGCUGGGAGGAAGAGUGCCGRUUGUUCCCAGAGCGAGGAUGGGGGUGAGUCAGCUGGGAAGGGGAACUUCGCAGCAAUGGUUUUGUUUAUUUGACUUUUCCUUGCCCCGAAGGAAAGCAGGAGUUUUGUGUGUGUGCUGCAGGUCUAGUUUCCAUUUGCUCAGAGAGAUGUGCUGUCCAUGGUGUCCCUUUGAAGAACAGAGUGUUUGUCCCUCCUUUGUUGUGGUCUGUCUUCACGGUGCRGAAUUCCUGAUGGAAACCUUUCCCGUGCUUUGUGCCAGGCUCCUGGCCUCUCCGGGGCCACGGGCACAGGGACCAGGCCUUUGAAAUAAGCUAAAUUUGCAUCGUGCCUGUAGCUGUGAAGUGGCAGAUGCUCUUACUUUYUCAAAAGGAAGUUCUGUGGCUUUUUAAUUUAAUUUUAUUAUUUUAUGGUUGUUUUCUUUGCRUAAAGCAACAGGAGGGAAGUUUAGUGUUCAUUGGAAUUUGGGAGGUACCACAACUAAAUUGGGCUUCUCAACUUCCUCCUCCUGGCUGGAGGGAACAAAAAAGCUGGAAGUUGCUGGAAGGUUUGGGAUUUUUUGCCUCUUUGAAGGAACGUGGAGGAGUAACACAUGCUGAGGGGACAGACUUUGUCUGGGGCGUCCUGUGAGCUCCUGUGACAUCUGUUCCAUCUGGUUCCCCCUGUCCUCUGUGAUCCCAAACCCCCUUAGCUCUGGCCAAACCCCCAAUCCAUGACAAAAAGCUGCUUCCCUGUCCUGUCCAAGCUCUGUGUUCUGAUUUAAAUCCAUUACCAGUGAGUUUUGUUUUCCCCCCUUAUUGCCCCUUUUCUGUUUUUYCUUUGCAGCAGAAUUUGUAGCAUUCAAAAAAAAAAAAUAAUCCCGAAGUGGAAAUACCUGAGUUGUCCCACAUUUGUGGAGCGAGGGUGGCUCUGCCUGGGCCCGACUCAGUUUUCUGAAUCCUGCCCGGCUCGGUAACCACUGCUCUCCCUCCAUGUGGAUGUGGCUCCAUCAGCUGCUCCCUGCCAUCCCUGGAUUUCCAGGCACAAGGAGCUAGUUUGGGGUUUUUUUGGGUUUUUUUUCUCCCUGAGCAAAAUGAGGUCUUGAUAUUCCUUUUGAGAAGAGAUUCCUCUGCCCUGUCUGUGGAUAUCUGGGCAGGAGCAGGAAGAGGCAGAGCCAGGCUUGGUUCAGCCUGUGUGUGCRAAGUGAUUUUCCUGCUGAGGCACAGCAGAUCCAUCUCUGUGGAUCCCACAGGCUCAAACCUGAAUUUUUCUGUGUUUUCCUGCCAGUCCUGCUGCAGGGAGUUCCACAGGGACCGUGGUUCUUUGCUCCCCUCCCUCUGGGACACAAGAAGGAUUUCCUGGGACAARCCCAGCUCUUGGUGCCACUGCCACCCCUGGAGAGGAGAACGGGGUCAGCCAGGAGAAGGAAGGUCCCCUCGCUCGGAGGUUGUGGCUCCCCUUGUUAGCACAGCUGCUAAUGAAUUUUGGAUAUCCCUCAGUGGAGCAGGGCCAGCUUUGGGUCCAUGCCACUUUCACCCCACCCACAGCACACAAACCAGGGCAAACCCUGCUGGGGACACCAUGGGGACCCUGUCACCCCCAUGACACCCUAGCUGCAUUCAGUCCCUGCUUUCUUUCCUUUCAGUGUCUCACCAAAGGUAUCUCGUGGACUCCAGGCUCUGGAGCAUUGUUCAGCCCUGGGGCAGCCUUUGCCAAAGUCCUGCUGAGGGCUGGGAAUGUCUCGAUGCUUCAUGAAUGUUCCAGGGGGUCYGUAGGAGUGCGGGGUUCAGUUAUAGGUACGAGACGGGGAGGUUUGGGGGGAGCAAUGCAGCCAAGGCUUGAUAAUCUGACUUGAUACCAAAGGUUUCUCCUCUAAAUUCGAUGGGAAUUCAAUGAGGCAAAUAGCUCUGGAAUUUAAAUGAGUUUUCCUAGCGCAGUUAGUCACUAAUUUGCUGGAUUAUUGGCGGAUUCUGCCCCGUUAACCCAAAGAAAUCAGAAUUUCCAAUGCAGUAACUCAGCCUGUGAAUGAUCACUGMAGUAGGGAUUGGAUUUCACUGCCUGAUGAGCCGCUCUUCCCAAAAAAACCCACUCGGGAUACACGGGAACAAACCCAGUCUGGAGCUGGAUCAGUCCAACACUGCCUUACCCAAGGAGCUYACAUUUGGGGUGCUCAUUGAGGCUUCUUAUGCAAAAGGGCUUCCCAACCAGAAACCUUCAAAGUCAGGAACAGCAGAUUGUCCUCCGAGAUAUUUAGGAAAAACUCGAGGAAUUGGCCUGUCCCUUGCAGGGAAGGCCUUGCCUGAAGGGAGGAAUUGGGGCUGUGGAGUUGGGAUGAAACCACUGCCGUUGUGSUCAGCCUACCAAGAGGUUCUGUAUUGCUUUCUGGGGACUUUGGGRUUUUCUUUUGUUCGUUUGUUUUUAUACACACAAGAAAACRGUCGAUUUUCUCUAUUUUUGUAUAGUUUUGCAUUUUAUAAUUAUGGGGAAAUUUUACAGACUGUUCUUUUACUCGUGUGUCGUGUCUUUCCGAGUGGCGUGGUUUGCUUUUCUGAUGGAGAAAAGGCCAUUCCUGCUGCUGCCGUGCCAGGAUCCCACCCUGCUCCCUGGGGAAUGGGCUGGGGGCUCUUCCCAGCUCCACCAACACACACUUUGCACACACCUGAGACCUCCUUAACCCUCCUCUGUCACACUCGGCUGUCCCUUCUUUGCUUUUCAGUGUUGUUUUUCAUCUGAAUUUGUGGAUUUUGGUGAUUUCUCCCUCGAAGUGUUGUUAAAAACAGCCCACAGGUUUCAGUUGAGGCUUUCCCUGCUGUCUGCUGAUGUUAUUUUAUCCAAAACUGGGGYUUUUCUUCCAUCCCUGUGCAGGAGAUGCUGUUGGUUGGUGCAUMCUGAACAGGUUUCCUGUGCCCUUGGUGCUCCCUGGCUGGGCUGGGAGCUGGGAUUCUGCCCUGGUGCCUGAGGAUUGUUCCUUCAAUAAUCCUGGGAUUAGCAGGGCUCGCCAGCUUCCCCUCCUCCCUCCUCCAGGGAGCUCCAGCCCUGUGCUCCUGCAUCACUGCAGCAUCUUCCUGUGCUGAUACUGCCUUGAGCUUUGGAACCAGAGGGGAGAAGAGCUUCUGCAAUGCUAAAAUCCAGCCCAAACCACRUUUUCCCCCAUUUUYCCCCCCCAGCAGAGAUGGCAAUUGCCAUGGAUUUGGCUCURCAUAGAUUUUUACGUCUUCUAAUUAAUAACUUGUCACCUAAUGGUGCUUUUAAACGGUUUCUUGGUUGGCUUUGCCCAUUCCUAGCACAGGGUUGCUCAGCAAACAUUCCCGGGACACUCAGACCCACCUUCCACAUUCCCUCUGCCCUGGAAUUCGGGGCUCUCUCCUCUCCAGCUGGGACCUCCUGCUCUUCUYACCCACACUGAGUCACCAAAAGCUCUCCUUGGGUGAAGUGAGAAGUUAAAAUCCAAAAAAAGCCUCUCAGUUCUAAGGAAAUAAGGAAUUAACCCUCAUCCUUGGCUGCCCCAUCCCGCUGCCGGGCUGGCAGCUCCUCCCAGGUGACCAACCUGUCUGAAUUUGGGGGUUUUUGUUUCCUUCCUGCUCUCAUUGCUACUAGUCCUUCCAAGUUUUUAAUGUAUUGAUUGUGUUUUAAAAUGAAUGUUCCUUUCACUGAAUUCUAAUGAAUAAACUGCAGAUUUUUAGAGAACAUUGGA